AUGGCACAGAAACGAACGUCGACUGAGGCUGGCAUCAUACCGGUGCGCACCCGAAACGCAGAGCCGAAACGCACCAGGUUGUCUCCCACAUCCAACGCUCCGAGCGACAGCAGCGACGAUUCGACGAAUUGUUCGGCCACUGAAGCAGCUGCACUCCAAAGCACGCCUGAGACGUCAGAUAUGAACAGGCAAAGUAGCCUUAGCUCAGUCUCUGCAGGGGAUGAGGAAGAACCAGAGAGCGACGUGUCCGAAACCGCCACUGACGACGAUUCGUCCGAAGAGGAGGAGGAAGAUGAAUCUGAAGAGGAGAUCGUCACCCUUGGUGGGCCAAAAAGGCCGGAGAUCGAUCCCAAGAGAGUACUCGAAGAAGCACACAAACUUCAUACGAGAUUACAACAAUUGCUGCCCAAGCUCAGAAAAGCCAACCAGCACCUUGCAGAGAACGGUAGUGCCCUGAAUAUUGAGAAUGUUGGGGACAAUGAGCAACACAUCGAGAUGAAUUUGGGUCUUGGGGUGCUUGAAGGGCAGCAGGAUAGUGACGAGGAAGAUCUUGUGAUCAAGGAGAGUUCAGGUGGACGAGAGGAUGGCAAAGAUGCCACAUCCGAAGUGAAAGGCCAGCCCGAUGCCAUGCAGUCUCUGUUGGGCGCCGAACAGAAAGUUCAGCCCAGCAUUGAGGAAGUUAAAGGAGACUAA